CGCGAUAACCCCACACAUUUAUACCGACCGCAACCCCUAUCGCCGCCCACCGAGCGAGCGACAGCGAGCGAUAGCGUGCGAAAGAGAGAGCGGCGAUGGCAGCGGCUUCGGCAUGGGCGAAACCUGGCGCUUGGGCCUUGGACGCGGAGGAGAACGAGGCUGAACUCCAGAAAAAAGACGAGGGCUACGACUUCUCCGAUUCCACCUCCCACCCCCAGCAGGAGCCCUCCGCCGACUUUCCCUCUCUCGCCGCCUCCGCUGCCGCCUCCAAGACCUCCAAGAAGAAGAAGUCCCAGAAGUCUCAGCGCCUUUCCCUCGCCGAGUUCACCACCGGCAACGCAGUCACCCACGGCGCCGGCCGCUUCCAGUCGUCCUCCUCCUCCAAGGGGCUCACCCCCGACGAGCACCUCGUCCUUCCCACCGGCCCUCGCGAGCGCACCGCCGAGGAGCUCGAGCGCUCCUCACGCGGCUUCGGCUACUCUUCCUACGGUGGCGGCUCGGGCGGCCGCGGGCGGAUCUCCGGCGAGGAAUCCUCUUCCCGCUGGGGAUCCUCUAGGGUUUCGGACGAGCCGAGGAGGGGCGGCUAUGGGGGGCCUGGUGCUGGAUCUAAUAUGGAUCUGGGUCCCUCUCGUGCCGACGAGAUAGAUGAUUGGGGCGCCGGGAAGAAAUCGGUGGUGCCGGAGAGGAGGGAGAGGGGAGGGGGUUUCUUCGAUUCCCAGUCCCGGGCCGAUGAAUCGGAUAGCUGGAUCUCCAACAAGAGCGCGGCACCGCCUUCCGAUGCACGGAGGAUGAACGUCGGCGCUUUUGAUGGUCCUAGAGAGAGGAGGGGUGGAUUUGAGAUGUUCAAUAGGGAGGGAUCGAACGGUGGGCCGGAUUCGGAUACAUGGGGGAAGAGGAGGGAGGAUGGGACCAGUAGCGGGAGGCCGAGGCUCCUGUUGCAGCCCCGGACGUUGCCGCUGGCCAACGGGAGCAACGGGGAAUUAAGUCGUCGAGAGCAACCAAUGGGGUCUAUGGAGAAGAGCAAGGGAUCGAAUCCUUUUGGAGAGGCCCGACCACGGGAGAAGGUGCUGGCAGAGAAGGGGCAGGAUUGGAAGAAGACUGAUGAGAAGCUGGAGGCUAGGUCUAUGGACAAGAGCAAGGGAUCGAAUCCCUUUGGAGAGGCCCGACCACGGGAGGAGGUGCUGGCAGAGAAGGGGCAGGAUUGGAAGAAGAUUGAUGAGAAGCUGGAGGCUAUGAAGAUCCGGGAAGCACCACCUGAAAGGUCAUCAUCUGGGAAGAGGAGCUUUGAGAUAGGGAACGAAACUGGAAGCUUGUUGGAGGAUCGCACAGAAAGGUUUUGGAGGAAAGCGGACACAACUGAUGCUGCUACUCCUCCAAGGGCAGAGAAAGUUGAAGAAGGACUACCUGAGAACUGAUUUCCCAGAACUAAGAUGAUGGGGCAUCCUACUGGUGCAGUUUCUAGUAUUUGCUAAACUUUAUAUUGUGGUAACCCUCAAAAGACUGAGGCAGUUUUGGUAGGUGUUUUGGUAAUUAUAUAUUAGGCUGUGUGGGCUAUGGAGGGUGAGAAUGUCAUUUGGAUUCCUCCCUUCCUCUUUUUCCUCUAUAUCUUGCUUAGAUUAUUUGAAAUUUAGUAUUUGGUUGUUUUUUAGGUGUUCUAAAAAUUGUUUGAAAUAAGCUAUGCUGACAAUAUGGAUUCUGUUUUUUUUUUUAUAUAUUUGUUUUUGUAGAUGACUUUAUUGCUUUUUCUUGAAGAGAAUUUCCUGCUACUAAA